AUGGCUGAAAACAUGGACCGAAUUGCGGUGGACCCGGAUUUCUACACUAUGGCCACUGGCUACGGCAUGGGUCCGCAGGACCUUCAGUCAUACCAAGCCAUUAAAGAAGAUGACUACUGGGGCCCCUCUGACGAGCAGCAAUUCGAAGCAUUUGAGAUUGGCCAUAUGAUGUUUCUCGUGCUAGAUCACGAUCAGCCGAAUCCUCUUUUCCGUGCCCCUAUCGGCGAUUCGCCCAAGAAUAUUUUAGACAUCGGAACUGGCCAAGGGAGUUGGGCAAUUGACGUUGCCGAUCGCUAUCCGUUAGCCACCGUUCGCGGAGUGGAUAUCUUCCCCCCACCCGUGUCAUGGAUGCCUCCGAACUGCGUCUUCGAGGUAGAUGAUGUACUUCGCGAGUGGACAUGGAGAGAGCCAUUUGACUUUAUCCAUAUGCGCCUAAUGUAUGGCGCAUUCCCUCCCGAGGGUUGGCACAAGCUAUACAAACAAGCCUACGACGCCCUAGAGCCUGGUGGCUGGAUCGAACAAAUGGAACUAGAUGUGCGAGUCUAUAGCGAUGACGGUACCUUGAAGAAGGAACACCAGCUAUAUGGGUGGGGAGACAUGUUUAUUAGAUGCUCUGAGCGAGCCGAACGGUCACUUAGAACCCAUGAGACGAUGCGCGGCGCUAUCGAGGAAGCUGGGUUCGUGGACGUGCAUGAGGAAAAGUAUAAAAUUCCUAUAGGACCCUGGGCUAGGGAUAAUACACUGAAGGAAGCCGGACACCUCCAGUAUGGCCAUUGGAACGCCGCCCUAGAAGGUUGGGCGAUGUGGCUUCUCACGCACUUUGGAGAACCGGAGCCGUGGACAAAGGAGGAGGUGCAGGUGUUUCUGGCUAAAGUGCGCACGGAGCUGAGCAAUCCGCAUAUUCACGCUUACGAACCUGCGAACCGCGUGUGGGCAAGAAAGCCUACCAAAGAGGAAUUGAAAGCGAAGGAGGUAAAGAUCAAGGCCGAGACAUCGCCGUAA